CCCAGUGCGCGCGCAGUUCCCGCCGCGCUGAUGGCGGCGCCGGGCUCCGGGCCGGGGCAGGGGCCGCCGGCGGGGCUGGAGGCGGCCCUGCAGAAGCUGGUGCUGCGGCGAAAGAAGGUGCUGAGCGCCGAGGAGAUGGAGCUCUACGAGCUGGCGCAAGCGGCGGGCGGCGCCAUCGACCCCGACGUUUUCAAGAUCCUGGUCGACCUGCUGAAGCUGAACGUGGCCCCGCUUGCUGUUUUCCAGAUGCUCCAGUCCAUGUGUGCCGGGCAGAGGCUGGCGAGCGAGCCCGCGGACCCUGCAGCCCUUCCUCUGCCCGCGGCCAGCGUGCCUGAUACUCGAGAGGCCUCCCUUCUCUCUGCCAAGAACAGUAGCCCCCCUGCAAGGCCCUCCUUUCCCGCGGCCUCUCCGGUUCUGCUCCACGGCCCGGCUGCCACGCUCUCGCCUCUCUCUCCGGGGCCCCCUGGUUCCCUCCGGUUCUCUUGCUGCCUGUUCUCUCCUUUUGCAGGGAGAAACAAAGGCAGCGCCGUACUCAGUGGAGCCCCGGCCCUGGCAGAACGGAGCAGCCGGGAGGGAACCAGCCAGAGGAUGCCCCGACAGCCCAGUGCCACCAGGCUGCCCAAGGGGGGUGGGCCUGGGAAGAGCCCCACUCGGGGGAGCACCUGAGACAGGUACUUCCUGCGCCACUGGGGUGGAGGAGGCCUCUCACACCAACAUUCUCAGAGCAGGCCACUGGUGGUUUCCUUCAGUUGAUAAUAAACCUUUCCGAAAAACUGA